AACGACAGCGUUUUCAGAACAGACUGUUGAAGAAGAGGGGUUCAACAAAGUUUCCAUCUUUGGCGUCUCACUCAACAUUCUCCUCCUCCUCCUCCGAUGGCGGCUGCUGCUAGGGUUCAGUGUCAUAACAAUACCUCUCUCACCGGAUCACCACUCCCCCGCCGCCGCCGCAACUCGCCGACGCUACACUUUUCUCCAAAUCGCGUCAAUUUCACACCGCUGAAAUGGAUCGGAGACGGCUCAUCUUCCUGCACAAGGAUGGUUUCAGGUCCAUCCCUCAAAGGCGGCACCACUACUGUACGAGCUGCGUUGGAAGAGGAGAAGAAGACAGACGCGGUCAGUGAGGUAGUAGAAGAAGAGAAGAGGUUCACGUGCGUGAUGAAGUUCGGAGGAUCAUCGGUGGCGACGGCGGAGAGGAUGAGGGAGGUGGCGGAUUUGGUUUUGACGUUUCCUGAAGAGAGUCCCGUCAUUGUUCUUUCUGCGAUGGGGAAGACUACUAACAACCUCUUGCUUGCGGGAGAGAAGGCGGUUAGUUGUGGUGUUUCUAAUGCUUCUGAGAUCGAGGAGUUGAGCGUUAUCAAGGAGUUGCAUCUCAGGACAGUGAAGGAACUCGAGAUCGACCCCUCUGUUGUUUCGUCAUUUUUGGAAGAACUGGAGCAACUCCUUAAAGGUAUAGCCAUGAUGAAGGAGCUGACACUUAGAACCAGAGACUACUUAGUCUCUUUUGGAGAGUGCUUGUCCACAAGGAUUUUCGCAGCUUAUCUUAAUAAAAUUGGAGUCAAGGCACGCCAAUAUGAUGCAUUUGAAAUUGGUUUCAUCACAACGGAUGACUUCACUAAUGGAGAUAUCUUGGAAGCAACUUAUCCAGCUGUUGCCAAGAGAUUAUAUGAUGAUUGGAUGGAUGAUCCUGCUGUCCCAGUUGUAACAGGUUUCCUUGGAAAGGGUUGGAAAACUUGUGCGGUUACUACCUUGGGUAGGGGUGGCAGUGAUUUGACGGCAACCACAAUUGGUAAAGCAUUGGGUUUGCAAGAGAUUCAGGUGUGGAAAGAUGUUGAUGGUGUUCUAACAUGUGACCCUACUAUUUAUAAACGAGCUACACCAGUACCUUUUCUAACGUUCGAUGAAGCAGCCGAGCUAGCUUAUUUUGGUGCACAGGUGUUGCAUCCACAGUCAAUGAGACCAGCAAGAGAAGGUGGGAUUCCUGUUAGGGUGAAAAAUUCUUAUAACCCUAAAGCUCCUGGAACUAUCAUCACUAAAACAAGAGACAUGACCAAGACAGUUUUAACGAGCAUUGUUCUGAAACGCAAUGUGACCAUGCUGGAUAUAGCAAGCACCCGAAUGCUUGGUCAAGUUGGCUUUCUUGCCAAGGUAUUUUCGAUAUUUGAGGAUCUUGAAAUAUCCGUAGAUGUUGUUGCCACUAGUGAAGUCAGCAUAUCUCUGACACUGGACCCGUCAAAGCUUUGGAGCAGGGAACUGAUUCAACAGGAGCUUGAUCAUGUAGUUGAAGAACUUGAGAAAAUUGCAGUUGUGAAUCUUGCAAAAGGAAGAGCAAUCAUCUCUCUAAUCGGAAAUGUUCAACACUCCUCCCUGAUUCUAGAGAGGGCGUUUCAUGUUCUUUGGACCAAAGGCAUCAAUGUCCAGAUGAUAUCACAAGGAGCAUCCAAGGUUAACAUUUCCCUUAUAGUAAAUGAUGCUGAAGCUGAAGGAUGCGUGGAGGCUCUUCACAAAUCCUUCUUCGAGAGCGGUGACCUCUCAGAGUUAUUGAUACAACCCAGACUUGGCAACGGGUCACCUGUUAGGACAAUGCAAGUAGAGAACUGACUUGACGAGCUCACUGCUUGAUCUUUAGUUUUCAUCAAGAACUGCUUGUUGUAUUGUUCACGUUUAGGCUAGUGAACCGCUUGCCAUCUUUUCAUUUGGUGUGAGAACGAUCUCUUGGACCAUUUUUGAUUUAGCGUGAUCAAACAUUAACCAGUAAGAGAAUAAGAAACAUAUUGAGAUGUAACUACA